GGGAAGCAGCUGGUCAGCGACCGCCGCUCGAAUGUGAUGAUCAUAGACCGGAGCCUGGUGCUGCCGAACGUGUCGCGUCACCAGGCCGGCAGCUACACGUGCGGCGCCUCCAACGCCGAGGGGCACAACCAGAGCGAGCCGCUGCUGCUGCAGGUCAUGUAUCUGCCUCGUUGUCAAAUAGAGCAGCAGACGGUAUUCUUUCUACCGGGACGCAGCUUUGAGUUGCGCUGUCAACUGCAGGCCCGUCCCACCCAGGUCCGGUUCAAAUGGGACGUCAACAGCACAGCUACUGAGUACCGGCGAGCGCCUCUGACUAGAUUCAGCACCUCUGGCAGCUCCAGCUCCGUGCAGCACCGGCUGGACUCUGAGGAGCCGGCUGAGGUGCGCUGCUGGGGCAGCAACGCCAUCGGACUGCAGCGGACGCCGUGCAUUUUCCAUCUGGAGCCGGCAGGUGUUCCGGAGUCCGUGCAAGGAUGCACGGUCAGCAAUAGCACCAUAACAUCAUUUGACGUCCGCUGCAAGCCAGGAAACGACGGGGGGCUGCCGCAGACGUUUGUUCUAGAAGUUCGUGACGUCAACACACAACAGGUGAUACACUCGGUAUCUCAGAAGGAAGCUGAGUUCCACGUCCGCGGUCUGAGUCCCGGGGCCAACUUCAGCGUGACGGUGUUCGCGUCCAGCGCCCGGGGCAGAGGACAGCCGCACGUGCUGCAGGUCGGCACUGUCACCAUGAUACCCGACAGGAUCGCGUACAGCCGCUCGGCGGCCGCCGGUCCCGUGGCAGCCGUGCUGGGCGGGCUGGUGCUGUUGCUGCUGCUGCUGGCCGCGGCAGUGAUCGUCUCCCUGCGCCGUCGACUGCCGCGCCGAGGACCGCUGAAAACGGCCGAGCAGGAGGCGCCGGAGGUGACCGGCAGUGGGCGCGACCAGCCGAGCCCAGACCUCCUGCCCACAGGUUCCGGGGCUCGCAGUCUGUCUGGCUUUUCCGACUGCAGCGUAGUUAGUUCGCCGCAUCAGAUGACCGCUAAUUACAAGUCACGGCUGAAGCGGACCGACGAGGAUAUGUUCGAGUCAGCUGAUCACGUGAUCCCCAACCCGCUGGACGUCUACGGGCACCGCUCCGUGGACCCGGUACGGACUGUGGGGUCACUGGGACGCGACCCGGCCCGGUCAAGGUCGGCCCACAUGCCCACUAGCGCCGCCUAUCGGACAUUCUCAGACUGCGGGCGGCUGACGGUGCAGGAUCGGGACCACAGCGCCGUCUGAUUGGCGCUCACAGUGACUCGCCGACUGUGAUUGGCUGAGGUCAGAGGAAGUGCUGUGUGAUUGGCGGGGGCUCGAACAGACCCACCGUGUGGUUGUCGCUGUUGGGCGAUGACGCAGUGAUGCCGGGCGCAGUUCGGUGAGCUGGCCGCGCUGUUGUGAUCAGUGUUCACUGUUCAGUGGGCGUCUCGGACCGCCGAGGUGCCGUUGGCGGGUGGAAGAGCUGUUGUCAGGAAGAUGUAACAUUCUACCGUGGCUGAUGUGUGUUGUCGAUCGUCGUUUUGUAUUGCUGGCCAGCACAGUUCGAAUGCUGUCCUGUUCCAGAAACUAAGCUCACAGUUUUAACAACCCUGUCCCAUCUUAGGGCAAGUAGUGUUUCUAGAAGAAAAUUUGCAUCUGCUUUGCUGUAUGAGAUGCGAGUGACAUGACAAUCAUAUACCUAUGGCCAGUGUAUCAGAUAUGUAUGUUAUUGUUUGCUGUUUUACGUGAAUAUGUCUAUAUUGCUCUAUUCGUCAGAUCAUGAGGACGGCGGUGUUAUAAAUCAAAUUUUAACAUGCUGAUAGCAAUUACUGACCAGGAGUAUGCUGGCUAGUUUGUUGAUACGUCAUUGUUUUUCUCAAUAAAACAAUAAGCUUGUUAUUGAAGAUAUCAAUUUCAUGUUAUGCAUAUAUGAACUCAAUCGCAUAUUAAAGCUCGCCUAUGACUCUUUAUCAAAUUAGUGCUUGAAUGACAAAACAAUAUCUUGCUGCCGAUGACUUCUUCCCGAAAAAUCGAUGGCUGAGUGUCAGACUGCUCAAAUGUCGAGGCAGCGCUACUGUUCUGAGUGUGCCCGCUGGUAUUCUGUCGUACCUACGCCUUUCCAGAGGCACAUUUCGGUGGCUGGCUCCUUCUAAAGUGGGCUGAAAUAAACCGAUUCUCUGAUUACUCUCGUCGUGCUCGCUGACCCGUGCUGGCGUGGCUAACCGCUGUUUUCAUACCGUUGUGUGCAUGAUCAGCCAUUAUGUGGCAUUGUGUGCAAUGUGGAUGUUUGUUGAAACAUGUCAUUGUAAAUUAAAUUGAAAAGACAACUUUAUAAAUGGAAUAUAUAUAGUAUCAUACUGUU